ACAUACAAGUCUAGCAAUAGUUGAUCACUAUGCUAGACUUUUUACUUUAAGAGUUUUUAAGAAUCAAUAUGCAAUAGAAUUUCUCUUAUCUACUGGUGAAUGCUGUAGAGAAUGUGAACGAUUUGCAAGAAAAAUUGUUGAUAAUAUGAAUGUCACUCCAACUCAGUUAAUUAGGAUGAGUCCUAAUA